UUUUUUUACUAGUCAAAAACUAAUUUCAAAGAAGAACAAAAAGGUAAUUGCUGCUGCUCUCUGUCACGCAAAGCUAGUCUGUAACUACACAUCUAAGAAAAGUAAAAAGGAAACAACAAUAUAAGUUCUUCCAAUUUCCCCUUCUUCUUCUUGUGCUCUCGCGUUUCGGCAGCAUUUGGUCCAAUUUGUAGAGGUUCAGAUAUAUAGAUCUCCCAGGAAUUUCUUCCUCCCUCUAUUCUAACUCUCGAUUGAUAGAAGAGGAAGAAGAAUGGCGAAAUCAAGUGCUGAUGAUGAAGAACUUAAAAGAUUAAGUCAAGCAGCAAUUGAAGCUACUAAGCAAUCAAUUGUUAUGUCUAUACGAGUUGCUAAGAGUAGAGGAAUUUGGGGUAAAUCUGGUCGAUUAGGCCGUGGUCAUAUGGCUAGCCCUAGGGUUCUUGCUCUCUCAUCAAAAUCAAAGGGCCAGAGUACUAAAGCAUUUCUUCAUGUUUUGAAGUAUUCAUCUGGAGGGGUUCUUGAGCCUGCAAAACUAUACAAGCUCAAGCAUCUUACGAAGGUGGAAGUCCUCACAAGUGAUCCCAGUGGAUGUACAUUUAUGCUGGGAUUUGAUAAUCUUAGAAGCCAGAGUGUUGCACCACCUCAAUGGACAAUGCGUAACAUUUAUGACAGGAACCGCCUUCUAUUAUGCAUCUUAAAUAUUUGUAAAGAGAUGCUGGGGCAUCUUCCCAAAGUAGUCGGUAUAGAUGUUGUGGAGAUGGCUCUUUGGGCGAAGGAAAAUACACCCACAGUUACCAAUUAUGCGAACUCUCAAGAUAGGCAGGUUGCAUCAAUGGUGACAGAAGAUGACUUAAAAGUGACUGUUGAAAGAGAUCUAGUCUCACAAGCUGAAGAAGAGGAUAUGGAGGCUCUUCUUGGCACGUAUGUCAUUGGAAUCGGCGAAGCAGAGGCAUUUUCCGAAAGGUUGAAGCGAGAACUCCUUGCUCUGGAAGCAGCUAAUGUGCAUGCCAUUUUGGAAACUGAUCCCUUGAUAGAAGAGAUUGUGCAUGGUCUGGAAUCAGCAUCAAUAUGUGUGGAUGAUAUGGAUGAAUGGUUGGGAAUAUUUAAUGUAAAGCUGAGACACAUGAGAGAGGAUAUUGCAUCGAUAGAAACCCGUAACAAUAAGUUGGAGAUGCAGUCUGUAAAUAAUAAAUCGCUCAUUCAGGAGCUUGACAAACUUCUUGAACGCUUGCGUGUCCCUUCUCAGUAUGCUGCAUGUCUAACUGGUGGUUCAUUUGACGAGGCUCGCAUGAUUCAAAAUGUUGAAGCUUGUGAAUGGUUGACUGGUGCUCUUCGUGGUCUAGAAGUACCAAAUUUGGAUCCCUCCUAUGCAAACAUUCGAGCUGUUAAAGAGAAGCGGAUAGAGCUCGAAAAAUUGAAAACUACUUUUGUUCGAAGGGCAUCUGAAUUCUUGAUGAAAUAUUUUGCUAGCUUGGUAGAUUUUAUGAUAACUGACAAGAGUUAUUUUUCCCAGAGAGGACAGCUAAAGAGACCUGAUCAUGCUGAUCUCCGGUACAAAUGCAGGACAUAUGCACGCCUCCUACAGCAUUUAAAGAAUCUUGACAAGAAUUGCUUAGGUCCUUUGAGAAAAGCAUACUGUAGUUCCCUUAACUUACUUCUUCGUCGGGAGGCCCGUGAGUUUGCAAAUGAGCUUCGUGCUAGUACAAAAGCAUCAAAGAAUCCAACAGUAUGGCUUGAAGCUUCUUCAGGCUCCAGUUCAGCGAACAAUGCAGAUACUUCGACAGUUUCCGAUGCAUAUUCAAAGAUGCUUACAAUUUUUAUUCCACUCCUUGUAGAUGAGAGUUCCUUUUUUGCACAUUUCAUGUGCUUUGAGGUUCCUGCACUUGUUCCUCCAGGAGGUCCUGCCAAUAGUAAGAAAGCAGCCAAUGAUGAUGUAGAUGAUUUGGGCAUUAUGGAGAUCGAUGACAAUGAUGUAAAACCUGUUAAAAAUUCUGUCGAGCUAGGAACACUGAAUGAUUCUCUCCAAGAAUUGCUCACUGGAAUCCAAGAGGAUUUCUAUGCUGUUGUUGAUUGGGCAUACAAGAUUGAUCCUUUGCGUUGCAUAUCAAUGCAUGGGAUUACAGAGCGUUAUCUUUCUGGUCAGAAAGCCGACGCAGCAGGAUUUGUGCGCCUCUUGCUUGAUGACCUGGAGUCAAGAAUUUCUAUGCAGUUCAAUCGGUUCGUGGACGAAGCUUGCCACCAGAUUGAGAGAAAUGAGCGCAAUGUUCGCCAAAUGGGUGUCUUAUCUUAUAUUCCAAGGUUUGCAACCCUUGCUACUCGUAUGGAACAGUACAUCCAGGGACAAUCUAGGGAUUUGGUUGAUCAAGCAUAUACAAAAUUCGUUAACAUUAUGUUUGCAACUUUGGAGAAAAUUGCACAAGCGGACCCAAAAUAUGCUGAUAUUGUGCUUUUGGAGAAUUAUGCAGCCUUCCAGAACAGUCUCUAUGAUCUAGCUAAUGUUGUUCCAACACUUGCCAAGUUCUAUCAUCAAGCAAGUGAAUCUUAUGAGCAAGCUUGCACACGCCAUAUUAAUGUUAUUAUAUACUUCCAAUUCGAGAAGCUUUUCCAGUUUCACCGCAAAAUCGAGGACUUGAUGUAUACCAUUCCCCCAGAAGAGAUUCCUUUCCAGCUAGGACUAUCAAAGAUGGAGUUAAGGAAGAUGUUGAAAUCGAGUUUAUCAGGGGUUGACAAGUCUGUAGCCUCAAUGUAUAGAAAGUUACAGAAGUUUUUAACUUCAGAGGAGUUGUUACCUUCUUUAUGGGACAAAUGCAAGAAAGAGUUUCUUGACAAAUAUGAGAGCUUUGCACAAACGGUUGGCAAGAUUUACCCCAACGAGACCAUUCCCGCUGUGUCAGAAAUGAAAGAUCUUCUUGCUACCAUGUAGAGAGGAAUGUGAAUGCCUAUUCGCCCCUCCCCUUAUCUUGUAAUGUACAGUCCGAAAUACCCCUCUCCUUUUUGUGAUUAGGAAAUGUAGUUUUUCCUAGUCUCCUGUUUGUAAUUCAAUUUAGUGUUUCUUAAACUACAUGCAGAGCAUGUCCCUUAAAAACUUUCUUAUAAAAUUUGUCAGCUUAUAAGUGGACUGGUUGGUUAUUUGAUGUUCUAUCACCAUUUUCUUGCCUGUAUAUUGUUUUUUUGUUGCAUGUAGUGGCACACUGAAAACAUAAAUUCAUUGAUCCAUUAGGUUUGUUCUUUCCCCAA